GCGCUGACAGUCGUUUUGCAUUGGCUGCAUUAUCAACGGUUUUAAUCUGUGUGACACGAGAUAAAAUCGCAUAUCCGGUUUUGACCAUGCGCGUACGUCUGUUGACCGCUGCAGCGCUACUGGUCAUUCCGCUGGCCGAGUGCGUGACGUACGUCUGGGAUUUACUGAAGCCGCCGCUCAACGCGGUGCAGAGUCAAGCGGCUCUAGCCACUGCCCAACCGGGGCGGUCGUAUCCGACGUACAGCUAUAUUCCGGCGACGAGUUUUCAGUGUGGUCAGGAGAAGCAGGCGGGAUACUAUGCUGACACGGAGACGGAAUGCCAGGUGUUUCACCGGUGCGACUUGGACGGGGUCAUGACCAGUUAUUUAUGCCCGAAUAAAACCAUAUUCAAUCAAAUCACAUUGGUCUGUGAUUUCUUCUACAAUGUUGAAUGUGCCAGAUCUUCAGAGUUUGUCGAUUUUGCCAAUUCCCGCUUAUAUUCCAACGGCCCGUUGUUCGAGUCGCCGCCCGCCGACUACAUCCCGCCCACAUCCGACGCUGACGCUGCCACCGCACUCAAGCAAAUGCCGCCUAACACGCCUGCCACCCCCGCAAGGCGGCCGCCGCUUUCGCCGCCGCGGCAACCGACUUCUCGUCCGCCUGUGCGCCCGCCCGUGCGUGGCGGUGCGUCUACUGCGCCACCCCGUGGACCAGGUGGGCGACCGCCCGCAGGUGGCGUGUCGCGCGUGGUGACCACGACCGCAUCCGGUCCGGAGGAGAACGUGAUUGGCGGGCAGCGGCACUACAGUAUGUGUCGGCUGUACGAUCAGUUCAAGAACACGCUGUGUCUGGCCAAACCCGGCUUCAGUACGGACUCGUUCCAAGCGCUCAGGCAGACGAAGGCGAACACCACGGAGGGACCGGUCGAGCCUGACGCCACGGAUCAAUCCGAACAUUAAAAAUAAAUUUCUGCAGGCUAAAAAUUAGAAAAGAACCAAAUCACGUACCCAAAGUGGAACUGUGCAAUGCUGUGUAUAAAAUCUAAUCAAAAAGAGCCAAAGAUUGUACUGGUAUUUCCGGUGGAAUUGGUAUGGGUAUCAUCAGGGUAUGUAAAAACUACUCAAUAUUUAAUAUUGAGUAGCUUUCUCAGC